AUGAAGAAUAGCAAAUGUAAUUUCAUAGAUUCAAAGCUCGAAGAACACCAUCAUCUUUGCGGAUCAAAACACUGUCCUGGAUGUGGUCGCAUGAUUCAAGCUGCUACUAAACCAAAUUGGUUUGGAUUGCCGGCGGGAGUGAAAUUCGAUCCGACGGAUCAAGAACUUAUGGGACAUUUAGAAGCAAAAGUGAAGGGUAAAGAAGAAAAUAAUAAAUGGUCAUCGUCACACCCACUGAUAGAUGAGUUUAUCCCCACCAUUGAUGGAGAAGAUGGGAUCUGUUACACUCAUCCGCAGAAGCUUCCAGGGGUAACAAGAGAUGGCUUAAGCAAACACUUCUUCCACACACCAUCGAGAGCUUACACAACCGGAACAAGAAAACGACGCAAAAUCAUUCAAACCGAUCACGACUCCGAAUUAACCGGAUCAUCAUCUGAAACGAGAUGGCACAAAACCGGUAAAACAAGACCGGUUAUGAUCAACGGUCAACAAAGAGGAUGCAAGAAGAUAUUAGUACUCUACACAAACUUUGGCAAGAAUCGACGACCAGAGAAGACGAAUUGGGUAAUGCACCAGUAUCAUUUGGGGAUUAAUGAAGAAGAGAGAGAAGGAGAGCUUGUUGUUUCCAAGAUCUUUUAUCAGACGCAACCUAGGCAGUGCGUUGGUAAUAUUAACUGGUCCGAUCAUCAUGGUAGUUCCAAGGACUUGAACGGAAUCGUUGCCGGAGAUGAGAUCUCCAAUGUGGCUACCGCUUUGCAAAGUCUUAGCUCCGGUGACAUAGUUUCUAGGGCUAAUACGAAUCCAUUCACAAGAGACUUAGAUGAGGGGACAGCCGAAGCUUCGAAGGGAAGAGAAAACCGGAGUGUGUCUGGCACGUGCGAGGAAGUGCAUGAUGGGAUGCUAAGACCAUCAUCGUCAUCAACAUCAUCGUUGCCAUCUCAUCAUAUGAUCCACGAUCAUCAAAUCGGAGAUAGAAGAGAAUUUCACAUACCAUCUUCGUCACCAUAUCAUGAUCAGUCAAUCUAUAACAUUACAAGUACGGUGCCCUUUCAGCAACAGCAAUUUAAAGGUCGAUCAUCUGGUUCGGGAUUAGAAGACUUAAUUAUGGGUUGCACAGCUACUUGCACAAAUGACGAAAGCUCAGAAGCAAUUCCACAGCAAAAUGCAGAUUGGUUAACGUUUCCACACUUGUGGUAG